GGAGCCCUAGGAAGACAAGAGCCAGCCGGGUCGGGAGCACUCUCGCGGCCGUGUUGCUCUCGCUUUGGGCCGCUGCUGACGAUUCCCGGGGCGAUCGGCCGAGACAGUGAAAAAGCAGUCUGGCUCCCGAGGUCCACCCCUUACACCCCAAGGUCCAGAUGGCGGCCAACGUGGGUGAUCAACGGAGCACAGAUUGGUCCUCCCAGUACAGCAUGGUGGCGGGGGCGGGCAGAGAGAACGGCAUGGAGACGCCCAUGCACGAGAACCCAGAGUGGGAGAAGGCCCGCCAGGCCCUGGCCAGCAUCAGCAAAGCAGGAGCUGCUGGCAGCUCUGCCAAGGCCAGCAGCAAUGGGCCGGUGACCAGCGCACAAUACGUGUCACAGGCAGAAGCCUCGGCCCUGCAGCAGCAGCAGUACUACCAGUGGUACCAGCAGUACAACUACGCCUACCCUUACAGCUACUACUACCCCAUGAGCAUGUACCAGAGCUACGGCUCCCCCUCCCAGUACGGGAUAGCCGGCUCCUACGGCUCAGCCACACCCCAGCAGCCAUCGGCACCCCAGCACCAAGGGACUCUGAACCAGCCCCCGGUCCCCGGCAUGGAUGAAAGCAUGUCCUACCAGGCCCCCUCUCAGCAGCUGCCAGCAGCCCAGCCCCCUCAGCCCUCCAACCCCCCGCAUGGGGCUCAUACUCUGAACAGUGGCCCGCAGCCUGGGACAGCCCCAGCCACCCAGCACAGCCAGGCAGGGCCCGCCUCGGGCCAGGCCUACGGGCCGCACACCUACGCUGAGGCUGCUAAGCCCAAGAAGGGCCAACAGCUCUGGAACCGCAUGAAGCCAGCCCCGGGCACUGGUGGUCUCAAGUUCAACAUUCAGAAGCGGCCCUUUGCUGUCACCAGCCAGAGCUUCACCUCCGCCACGGAGGGCCAGCACAGCAGCUUCGGCCCCCAGCCCAACCCGGAGAAAGCCCAGAACCACAGGGGGGGCCUGUCCGGGAAGCCCGACGACUGGCCGCAGGACAUGAAGGAGUACGUGGAGCGCUGCUUCACAGCCUGCGAGUCGGAGGAGGACAAGGACCGCACGGAGAAGCUGCUCAAGGAAGUGCUGCAGGCGCGGCUCCAGGACGGCUCGGCCUACACCAUCGACUGGAGCCGGGAGCCCCUGCCGGGGCUGACUCGGGAGCCUGUGGCUGAGAGCCCCAAGAAGAAGCGGUGGGAGGCCCCUAGCAGCCUUCACCCUCCCAGGGGGGCAGGCUCAGCGACACGGGGCGGGGGUGCCCAGUCCCAGCGAGGGACACCAGGGGCUGGGGGUGCUGGCCGAGCCCGGGGCAGCAGCUUCGCCAAAUUUGGCAACCGCAAUGUCUUCAUGAAGGACAACAGCUCCUCCUCCAGCACGGACUCUCGCUCCCGCUCUUCCUCCCGGUCCCCGACCCGCCACUUCCGCCGCAGUGACUCCCACUCGGACUCCGACAGUUCCUACUCAGGGAAUGAGUGUCAUCCUGUGGGUCGCAGGAACCCGCCCCCCAAGGGUCGCGGAGGUCGGGGGGCCCACAUGGAUCGGGGCCGAGGCAGGGCGCAGCGUGGGAAGAGGCACGAUCUAGCUCCCACCAAGCGCAGCCGCAAGAAGAUGGCGGCGCUGGAGUGUGAGGACCCUGAGCGAGAGCUGAAGAAGCAGAAGCGGGCGGCCCGCUUCCAGCAUGGACACUCCCGUCGCCUGCGCCUCGAGCCCCUGGUGCUGCAGAUGGGCAGUCUAGAGAGCAGCGGGGCUGACCCUGACUGGCAGGAGCUGCAGAUCGUGGGCACCUGCCCCGACAUCACCAAGCACUACUUGCGCCUCACCUGUGCCCCCGACCCAUCCACCGUGCGCCCCGUGGCCGUUUUGAAGAAGUCAUUGUGCAUGGUCAAGUCCCACUGGAAGGAGAAACAGGACUACGCCUUCGCCUGCGAGCAGAUGAAGUCCAUCCGGCAAGAUCUGACGGUGCAAGGCGUGCGCACCGAGUUCACAGUGGAGGUGUACGAGACGCAUGCCCGCAUCGCCUUGGAGAAGGGUGACCACGAGGAGUUUAACCAGUGCCAGACGCAGCUCAAGUCGCUGUACGCUGAGAACCUGCCCGGCAACGUGGGUGAGUUCACGGCCUACCGGAUCCUGUACUACAUCUUCACCAAGAACUCCGGAGAUAUCACCACGGAACUGGCAUACCUGACGAGGGAACUGAAGACAGACCCCUGUGUGGCCCACGCCUUGGCGCUCAGGGCAGCCUGGGCUCUGGGCAACUACCACCGCUUCUUCCGGCUCUACUGCCACGCGCCCUGCAUGUCUGGCUACCUCGUGGACAAAUUCGCAGACCGGGAGCGCAAGGCUGCCCUCAAGGCGAUGAUCAAAACGUAUGUGAAGCUGAGCUCUCCCCCGGCUCUCUGCGCUGCCGGCCCUGCCACCGCCGCCCUCCCCUCACCGCCCACGUGCUCCUGGCCAUCAGGCCUCCAGCUCCCAUCCCCCCAUCUCCUCUGGGCGCCCUCCCUCGCGUCCUGGUCCUCUCUCCCCGUCUCAUCUUUCCACUCUCCGCCCUCCUCCACUCCCCCUUCCUUCCCUUCACACAGCCCACCCUGUUCUGGGCCGUUCUCUACCUCACUGCUCUGGGGGUCACUCUCUGUCCCUCUGCUCUCUUCCUCCUGCUCAAGUCACCCUGGUCUCUAGUUUGUUUUCUCCUUGCUCUGGGCUCUUGGCUUCCUGCCUUGAGGUCCCUGCCUUUCGUUUGCGGCUCUCCUGUCACUGAGCUCCUGCUCUGUAGAGACAAACUAGUAGGAUGGCCCUGCUCUUGGCAGCUUCUAGUCUAACAGGACAGGGCCCUGUUCCACUUGAGCUCCUUCGAGAGUGCAGAAAAUGUUUAGGGAAACAGGCGUGACACAGGGGCCAGCCAGACGGGGGGGGGGGGGUACUUAAAAAGAGCAUGUCCUCUGUCCACCAGAUGUCCCAUGUGCCCACUGUGUGUGUGUGUCUUGGGGGGGGCUGAUGCUUGGGUCCUCAGGGGAGUGAGAAGCCCCUGGGGAAUGUAGGGCAAUAUCAGGAGAUCACUUUUAUUGUCACAACCAGGGGAUGCUACUUGUUGAGUAGGUUGAGACCAGGGAUGCUCCUAAACAUCCUGUUGUACACAGAAUGCCCCACACCAGAGCAUCAUCCAGCCCCUAGUGUUAGUCCUUCCGGGGUUGAGAACCCCUGGUCAGAGGUUGGUAGGUCCGAGGUUGGGAGCCAUGGGGAUGGUUUGGAGCUGGGGAAGGACAGUCAACCUGAAGGUUAGGAGAUGCACUCUAGGAUCCAGUUUGGGUCAAGAAGACUUAAGAAAGAGGCCGAGCCAGGGCAGGGGCCAUGGAAAUAGAAGAGGAUGUGGGGCAGAAGCAUGGAGGAAGCAGGACGCACAGGGCCUGGUUCCUGACCUGGGAGCGAUGAGGCAGUGGUGCGCCUGAAAGCAGCCCCGGCUGCCGCUAAGUCCACCCUCUGUGGCCAGACAGGCCUCGUCAGGGCAGCUUCCAAGCUUCCCUGCCAUUCUGGGGCUGUAGCUGGGCGAGUUCUUAUUCCUGGUUUGUUUACAUGCGUGCCCUUGGUCGGGGACCCAGCCAUGAAUGUGCCUGUGGGAGGGGCCCUGGCCGGUCGUUGGCCUCAUGCUCCCAGGCCUUCCCACCCCUGAGGGUGGCACUGCCUCUCCUUGGCAGACAUGUCCCUCCUUCCAGAGCCAAGUACCUACAGGGCAACCGGGAGGCCAGCUCAGAUGUGAGGGCAACAGGCUCUCCUGGGUCCCCAUGGAGCUCUAGGGCCAAGACAAAGCUAGGGCUUGAGGCAGGACUGGUUCCAGUGCUUUCUGCCACUCUCUCCCUAGGUGACGCUGGCCAAGUGGCCAUGUGUUUGGAGCUAGCUGCAGUUUCCUCAGUGUUUGUCUAUAAAGGGUGGAGUGACAGCUUACAGGGGGAAUUCAGUGAGAUAAUGUGACAGCAUUUAGAACAGCCCUUUCCUGGCACAUGUCAAGGGCUCAGAAGUCUCUUAAUAGCAACCAGAAAUUAUUGUCUUAAGUACGUAAUCCGUGCUGGCUGACGCUGUGCCUGGGGUGUUCCUGAGGCACUUUGACCCAGGGUAGGGGAAGCAGUGAGAGGUGGGUGCCCCAGAGAAGUAGUCGCCCCUGCUGUCCCAUUCCCCUCCAGUGCCCAUGCCUUUGGGUCACUCCCUCUACCUGGACCCUGCCCCUUGGCCACAGCGGGCCCUCUUCUGAGGGACUGCUUAGGCCCUCGAGCAGUGGAGGAGCCAGCUGGGCCCUUCCCUCCCAUCCCCUCUCUUUCCCGGUCCCCUGCACAGGUAAGUGAGGGUGCGGGGGGGCACAACCGGGGUUGGGGCCACCAGCCCCCACCCCGGGCCCCCCCAAGCCCCUGAGGUGGGGAGGCUGGGGGGUGGGGUGAGAGGUCAGCAGGUAACGUGCUGAGGAAACCCUUUGGGUGCCGGAGGGGGGGGCACCCACUCCCUGCACGUGGGGCCCUCCCCUGCCCGCCGCCCGCCUCAUCACGUUCUCCUCUUGUCUCCGUAGCUUCCGCCCUGCGCUGCCAGUCUCCUACCUGCAGGCCGAGCUGGCCUUCGAGGGCGAGGCCGCCUGCCGGGCCUUCCUAGAGCCCCUGGGCC